GUUUCUUGCAAGGAUUAUCAAAAGGGCCCGGCGUAGCAUCUUCAAUGGCUCUUCUCUAGCCCUUAUAUACAUGCGGAACAGAAGUAGUCAUCCGGAUCUGAGUCUCAUCCUUCCGUCCAUCUCGGGUACUCGGGCGCGAUGAGCUGGAGAGCUGCCCUGCAGCAACCUCUUUUGGUGUCACAGCCUUGCAAUUGGGGCUCUGACUUCUUCAUGGGCAUGAAGCAUGGGCUCAAAACGCGAAGAGAUGCAUCUCUGCAUGGAUGUCGGAACGAAGAUGCGUUUAAUCUAUCCCGUGUUAAACAACGAAAUAUAUUAUUCUCUGCGCAUUUCUGCACCUCUCUGGCAGCGCUUAAGCUCGCUGAUGGAAACCUCUCUGAGUCCACCAAUUAUAUGCUCUUCCCAGGUUCUGUUUUGCAUUGGGGAAACAUGUCCAUGUCACUCUGGAUGGCAUGGCAUGGCAAACCAUAACUAACGAAUCUCUCAGCCUUGCAGUCUCGCUAUGCAAUCCAAUGGGAAGAGAGGUAACUAUUCCUGCCUAACUGUCGCCCCCAAUGUCUGUCGAGAUGCUUUCAUACAUGUUCACAAUUCAUUCAUCGGCGCUGAUUGAAACAUAAUGCCACUCCUACAUACGAGUUGUUCCAUAUAACUGCACAAGUUGCCCAAAAACUCCAUACGCCUCCAUCAUAUCACAUCGCUCAUUAACCAA